AUGGAUAUUGAUUUUCGUAAUGAACUGGAUAGUGAACGAGAAGAUAUUGAAACACAAUUUGUAUUCAAAGGACGACGAAUCGGUAGAGGAACAUAUGGACAAGUAUUUAAAGCAACAAAAAAAACUGGCAGUGAUACAGUAAAACCGUAUGCACUGAAGCAAAUCGAAGGUGGAGGUUUUAGUGCCAGUGCAUGCAGAGAAAUAUCUCUACUACGUGAACUCAAACAUGCAAACGUUAUCACCUUGCAUCGUGUAUAUCUUUCUCAUCAAGACAGAAAAGUAUCGUUAUUGUUUGAUUAUGCUGAGUACGAUUUAUGGAAACCCGCAAAUAUUUUGGUUAUGGGUGACGGUAUUGAACGAGGACGUGUAAAAAUAGCCGAUAUGGGUUUUGCUCGUUUAUUUUAUAAUCCAUUAAAACCAUUUGCCGACAUUGAUCCAGUGGUUGUUACCUUAUGGUACAGAUCUCCUGAAUUACUAUUAGGAACAAGACAUUAUACAAAAGCGAUCGAUUUAUGGGCAAUCGGUUGUAUUUAUGUUGAACUUUUAACAUAUGAACCAUUAUUUCAUUGCAAACAAGAAGAUAUUAAAGCACCAUCACCAUAUAAUCGUGAACAAUUAGAAAAAAUAUUCACGGUGUUGGGUUAUCCAACAGAUGAUGAUUGGCCAACGAUUCGACAACUACCUGAUCAUGCAAAAAUGGCUCGAGAUGGUAUUCGAAUGCAAAAUUUUGGCAAUUGUACAUUAGGACGAUAUUUAACAAAAUACAAUAUUGCUGCAAAUGGUUUAUCUUUACCAUUAUUGUCAAAAUUAUUAAAUAUGGAUCCAAAUAAACGAAUAACAGCUGAACAAUCUCUAGAUGAUCCAUUUUUUAAAAAAGAACCAUAUCCACAUAAUGAUUCAUUUUAUGGUUCUACAAUACCGUAUCCAAAUCGAGAUUUUAUCUUUGAUGAUGAAGAAAAUACUAACAAUGAUGAUAUAACAAUAGUUCAGACGGAACGUCAGUCUGUAACGGCACAAACAACUACUACACAAACUGUUCAAGAUAGUUUGAAACAGACAACAGAUCAUUCUUCAUCUACAAUAGUUAAUAGCAAUAAGAUAGUUAAUGAACAAACAGCUAUUGUACAGCAGCCUCAUCUUACUUUAUUAGGUACACAAGAAAAUUAUUAUGAACCAAAUCCAAAACGUUUAAGAACAAUGUUGCCUGCGAACGAAUCUGUCUCAAUUGCACCAACUACUUGUGUAUCAUUUUAUCCACAAAAACCAUUAGUUAACUCACAAAUAUUAGCACUACAACAACGAAGGUAA